AUGUUGAGAGUCGAGACCCUGCUCUGCACGCUGUGCCUGCUCCUCGCCGCGGCCGGGGCAGAUUUCAAGGCGCGGAACUGCAGCGAGGUCCGGGACGCCUGCGUCGGGAGAGGCUUCAGCUUCGCACAUGUUCCUCUGCAGGAGAUCUCAGGAGAACAUCUCCGUGUCUGUCCUCAGGGAAACACGUGUUGCAGCCAGGAAAUGGAGGACAAGUUCGGCCAGCAGAGUAAACAGGACUUUGAGAAUCUAGCGGAUGAAACGAGUCAUGAGUUGCGAAGCACCUUCGUUUCCAGGCAUAAAAAGUUCGACGAAUUCUUCCUGGAGCUGCUGGAGAACACGGAGAAGUCUCUCAACGAGAUGUUCGUAAGGACUUACGGCAAGCCUUACUUGCAGAACUCGGAGGUCUUUCAGAACCUUUUCGCCGAGCUGAAGCGCUACUACACGGGAGGCAACGUGAACCUGGAGGAGAUGCUCAACGACUUCUGGUCACGCCUGCUGGAGCGCAUGUUCACGCUGCUCAACUCCCAGUACGUCAUCACCGAGGACUAUCUGGAGUGCAUCAGUAAGUACACCGACCAGCUCAAGCCCUUCGGAGACGUGCCCAGGAAGCUCAAGGCUCAGGUUACCCGGGCAUUCAUCGCCGCACGCACGUUUGUCCAGGGGCUCUCCGUCGGUCGGGAAGUGGCCCACAGAGUAUCUAAGGUCAGCAGCAUCCCGGCUUGCAUCCGAGCGCUGACCAAGAUGCUGUACUGCCCCUUCUGCCAGGGGAUGCCCACGGUUAAGCCCUGUAAGAAUUACUGUCUGAACGUCAUGAAGGGCUGCCUGGCCAACCAAGCUGACCUGGAUCCAGAGUGGAACCAGUACAUCGAUGCCAUGUUGCUGGUGGCACAGAGGCUGGAGGGACCUUUCAACAUCGAAUCCGUCAUGGAGCCUAUUGAUGUCAAGAUUUCAGAGGCCAUCAUGAAUAUGCAAGAUAACAGUGCCCAGGUCUCAUACAGGGUCUUUCAAGGCUGCGGCCAGCCGAAGCCCGCAGGAAUGACUAGGUCUGCUCGCGGCGUUUCGGAUGUGUUCAAUGCCCGAUUCAGACCGUACAGCCCAGAGGAGCGGCCUACCACUGCAGCUGGCACCAGCCUAGACAGACUGAGGAUUGUCUGGAGUGCGAUGCAACACAGUGUUGUCGACAUAAAGGAGAAACUGAAGCUGUCCAAGAAGUUUUGGUCCAACCUGCCAAACGAGAUCUGCCUGGAGGACAAAGUGACCGCCGGAGAGGCCGACAAUGAGCAAUGCUGGAACGGCCACAGCAAGGGCAGAUACUUCCCUGAGGUCCAGAAAGACGGGCUAACCAAUCAGCUGAACAACCCUGAGGUCAGCGUGGAUAUCACCCGCCCGGACACUUUCAUCCGCCAGCAGAUCAUGGCUCUGAGGGUGAUGACGAACAAGCUGAAGAACGCCUACAAUGGAAACGACAUCUACUUUCAAGACUCAAGUGAUGAGGGAAGCGGCUCAGGCAGCGGCAGCGGCUGCUCAGACGCCUGCACCACGGACACGGACUUUACCCCCACCGAAGCCCCCGUGGUGGAGGCGGACCGGAGCGGGCCUGCGGACGACUCGGCCGCGGCGUUUGCCCCAUCGCUAGUCCUGCCAACCGUGAUGGCCGUCUCAGCCCUGGCACUCCAGCAACAGUGGAGAUAAUGCUUCGAGAACUGAAACUAAACUCGGACA